GCUUGCGCAGUCUGGACGGCCUGGUCGUCGUUUGCGGCGGCAGCUGAAGAUCCCGGUGGUGGCGCGAGCUCCGGCCCGGCCCGCCCUUCGCCUCUUGGCCUCGGUUCCCUCACUCCGGCGCGCCUCAGCCCCGCCCCAGCCUUCUGAAUCCCUCAGCAGUUCGGCUCCGGCCGCCCGCCUCCGCCGCCACAAUGAUGAUGAUGGCACUGAGCAAGACCUUCGGGCAGAAGCCCGUGAAGUUCCAGCUGGAGGACGACGGCGAAUUCUACAUGAUCGGCUCCGAGGUGGGAAACUACCUCCGUAUGUUCCGAGGUUCUCUGUACAAGAGAUACCCUUCUCUGUGGAGGCGACUAGCCACUGUGGAAGAGAGGAAGAAAAUAGUUGCAUCGUCACAUGGUAAAAAAACAAAACCUAACACUAAGGAUCAUGGGUAUACCACCCUCGCCACCAGCGUGACUCUAUUGAAAGCCUCAGAAGUGGAAGAGAUUCUGGAUGGCAAUGAUGAGAAGUAUAAGGCUGUAUCCAUCAGUACAGAGCCCCCUACCUACCUCAGGGAACAGAAAGCCAAAAGGAACAGCCAGUGGGUGCCUACCCUGCCUAACAGCUCCCACCAUCUGGAUGCUGUGCCGUGUUCCACCACCAUCAACAGGAACCGGAUGGGCCGGGACAAGAAGAGAACCUUCCCCCUGUGCUUUGAUGACCAUGACCCAGCUGUGAUCCAUGAGAAUGCAUCCCAGCCUGAGGUGCUAGUGCCCAUCCGACUAGACAUGGAAAUCGAUGGGCAGAAGCUGAGGGAUGCCUUCACCUGGAACAUGAACGAGAAGCUCAUGACCCCUGAGAUGUUUUCAGAAAUCCUCUGUGAUGACCUGGAUUUGAACCCAUUGACAUUUGUGCCUGCCAUUGCCUCUGCCAUCAGACAGCAGAUUGAGUCCUACCCUACAGACAGCAUCCUGGAAGACCAGUCUGACCAGCGUGUCAUCAUCAAGCUGAAUAUCCAUGUGGGAAACAUCUCCCUGGUGGACCAGUUUGAGUGGGACAUGUCGGAGAAGGAGAACUCACCGGAGAAGUUUGCCCUGAAGUUGUGCUCAGAACUGGGACUGGGCGGGGAGUUUGUCACCACCAUUGCAUACAGCAUCCGGGGACAGCUGAGCUGGCAUCAGAAGACCUAUGCUUUCAGUGAGAACCCGCUGCCCACAGUGGAGAUUGCCAUCCGGAACACAGGCGAUGCAGACCAGUGGUGCCCACUGCUGGAGACCCUGACAGAUGCCGAGAUGGAGAAGAAGAUCCGAGACCAGGACAGGAACACCAGGCGGAUGAGGCGUCUCGCCAACACUGCCCCAGCGUGGUGACCAGCUCAUCUAAGCUCAGCUCCCACGGAGCAUCUCAGAAGACUGGGCCAGCUUUCCUUCAACUUCUGGCAAGGAGAAAACAAAGGGGCAGCCUGGUGCCAUCCUGAGGAGCAGGGUGGGCUUGGGGGCAUUGGUGGGGGCCUCCAGAUUGCCCUUCCCCUCCACACAUUCCAUUUGCUGAGCCCCUGUCCUGUCCCCACCAACCCAAACACUCUCUCCCACUGUCUCAAGUCAAAAAAGACGCCUCUUUUUUUGGGUUGUUUUGUUUUUGUAUAGGAGCCCCAGGCAGGGCUAGCUACACUUUUUAAAUAAAAGGCAACGGGUUAUGUUUAA